AUGUCUCGGCUUAAAUCUCGAACCAAGUUUAACCACAUCAGCCAGCCGCCUCAACAACAGUUACAUGAGCAGAAUGAAUUAAGGGGCCUUCCUUGCGUCAGCUGUGUGCUUAGAAGCGGUAGCGCACCCAGGAACUCUCCCAGGGGCGACGACACCUCAAGGGACCCUUCUAAAGGUGGCGGAGCCUCCAGCACCCUUCCAGGGGCAGCAGCGCCUCAAGGGGGAACUCUCAGCAAUGGCGGCACCCCCAGGGGCCAUCCGAGCGAUGGUGGCGCUCCCAAGGGCACUCCUAGUGGUGUGGCAUUCCCCAGGGGCCUUCCCUGGAAUGGUGGCUCCAUGAGUGCCCACUCAGGGGCGCAGUCGCCCCCAGGGAUACUCCCAGAAGAGGUUGCGCCCUCAGGGAAAAUCCCAGGGUCUGCAGCGCCCACAAGGAGCCUCGCAGGAGCCAACUCAGGGGCGGCGACGCCUCCAGGGACACCCCAGGGGCCACUCAAGGGAGGCGACGACCCCAGGGACCCUAUUAGAAGCGGUGGCACCUCCACAGACCCUCCUAGGAAUUGCCGUGCUCCCAGGGUCCCUCCCAGGGGAGACGACGUCCUCAGGGAACCUCCAAGGGAUGGUGCUACCCCCAAAGACCUACCCAAGAGCCGCCGCGUCCACAAAGACCCUCCCAGAGGCAGCGGCUCCCCAAGGGACCCUCCCAAAAGCGCGCCCAGAGGCCAUUGCAAGGGCGGCAGCGGCGCCUGGAACUCUCCCAGGGGCGCUGACGCUUCCAGGGGUGGCAGUACUCCAGCACCCUCCCAGGGGCGGCGGUGCCCCCAAGGACCCCUCCCAGGGGCUGCCCUGCCCACAAAGACCCUCCCACAGGCGGCUGAUCCUCUAGGGACCCUCCCAGAAGCAGCGGCGACCCGAGGGACCCUCCCAGAUGCGGCGGCAACCACAGGGACUUUCCUAGAGGCCCUACCAAAGGUCUUCUGGGACCCUGUGUCAUGCUUAUCCAUUGUGUAA